AUGCUUUUCACCUCAGUUGUCACUCUGGCUUUGCUGCCCUUCAUGGUUCAGGCUGCUGCGAUCCGCAAGCGCUCUGAAGAUCUCAUCGAUAUCGAGACAUUCACCGGGCCCAACUGCAGCGGCAAAACCCAAGUUUACAAAGAUAUCCGGCCUGGUUAUGUCUCGCAGUCGUUUGGCAGUCCCAGGGCGGCGUUCAAAGUCACCCAGAGCCAGACGUUCUGCUCCAUUACCCUGCAUGGCGAGAAUAACCACAAGACGGUCUUUACCGCAUUUGCCUUGGCGCCUGGCACCUGCCUCCAUCCUGACGACGGGCAGGAUUUCACCUGGUUGGAGUACAGCUGUAAUGGCGGAACCACCGCCGUGAGGAGGGAUGAGCAAGCAGCGCCAACCCACAUCGCUGCGCUCGACUAG